AUGGCCUCUAUGCCUCCUCCGCCUCAGCCACUACCGAAUCCUUCCAAACACCCAAUCGGAAUCACUCCAUAUUCUCAUCAUGACUCCGAUACCGACCCAGAAUCUGAUUCGGAUACCGCCACACCUCUCGCCGGCGCUCCCGUUACACCCCGUUUCCUUGGGCCAGAUCCCCAAGAAGCAGCAUCCCAGCGAUUACUAGACCAACUGAAGUCUGCACUUGUUGAAGGGUGCCCUUCGGCCGGUAAUUACUGCUGCGGAGGUGAAGUCCCUAUCUCGAGGAAUCGCCCUACCUCCUCCCAAGAUUCGUUCAAGACGCCACUCGUAUGUCCUCCAAUCAUCCUACGGUUCGAUACCACUUCUGGUGGCUCAUCUAAGCUCCGCUUCCCUCCAGACGCUGAUGACGAAAGGAGUAAGGGAGAGUUGGAUGUUGGGAUAGAGGAAUUACAGAAAUUCUGCACGACAGAAAUAGCGGCGGAAGAUGAUGGCGGGGCAAAAGAUACGAGAGGCGAGAGCAGGGGUAGAUCCGCAAGACUUGACCGGGAUAAGUUCGCAGUGGACUUCCAUCCUUCUGACUUGGGAAUCUUGGAUGCUAUCAAACAAGUCCUAUUACCUGGCGCAGUUGAAAGUAGGAAUGAGGCUGUAAGGAGAAAAGAGAAAGGCAAAGAAACUGGAAAAGAGAACGAAAGGUGGAGUGAGAGGAGGGAACAUUGGGGUGUUAGGGCUGAGUUGUGUCAGUUGAAUCAACACGUCGACGAAAGGGCUCAGACCACUGACUUCGCCACCACGGCGCGGAACUCACUUCGGGACACUUGUCGUUUGCGUACCAUAUUCUCAUCAAGGAUGGGCUUGGGGAAACAAUUUCCAAACAUUCUCUUCCUAGAACCUGUGACUGACAUCCUUUAG